GCCUCGGUUCAAGAGCCAUUUCGGUCGCAGAGUCUGGAUUUUCCAACAGGACUCUGCUCCGGCACACAAAGCGAAAGAAGUUAAGGACUGGUGCUAGGCCAAUUUUCCUGGGUUCAUUAGCGCUCAGGAAUAGCCGCCAUACUCCCCGGAUUUGAAUUCGAUGGAUUAUUCUUUUUGGUACAUUUUGGAGUCCAGGGUCUGUGCUAAGCCUCAAAAAAGUUUGGAGUCUCUGAGCCAUUCUCUCACCCGGGAGUGGGACUUAAUUACACUCAAGGAGGUGCGUGCUAUUUGCGAAAAUUUUUCUUCGCGCCUUCGCCUCUGUAUCAAAGCCAAGGGUGGGCAUUUCGAAACUUCUUGAUUAUUAUUGUUCCAUAUUUAAUUCUCUAUCAUUUGAUUGUAUUUCGAUUUUAUUUGAUUGUGUUUUAAUA